AUGGCGUCCUUCAAGCCCACCGCCCUUCUCGCAGCGGGGAUCCUCCUCACCCUCACCUCCGCCCUCGAUGUCGACCGCACCCUGACCCCUCCCAUGGGCUGGAACUCGUACAACCACUACUCUUGUUAUGCCACCGAGGCCGUCAUCAAAGCUAAUGCCGAUGCCCUCGUAUCCCUCGGUCUCGCCGACGUCGGCUACAACUAUGUUGUCCCCGACUGCGGGUGGAGCGCAAAGGAGCGUACUGCGGAUGGGAAGAUUACCUGGAAUGAAACGUUCUAUCCCAGCGGAUAUCCGGCGCUCAUUGAGUAUGUGCACAACCUGGGACUCAAAUUUGGCAUCUACUCGGGGGCGGGGACUUGGCAGUGUCAUCCAGAGGCCGGGAAUGGGUACCAUAUCCAGGCGAGUUUAGGACACGAGCAAAGUGAUGCGGAAACUUUUGCGGCCGAUAACUGCUGGGCCGACGGCGUCAACAACGUCGUUUACUUCCCCAACGAGGACCCCUCGACACGCUUCAAGACCAUGGCCAAUGCCCUCGCUACAGUCUCCCGCGAUAUCGUCUACGCCAUCUGCCAGUGGGGUAUUGGCGACGACCUCCCGGAGUGGGCGGGGCCGAUUGGAAACUCAUGGCGCAUGUCAAACGAUAUCAACAACAACUGGAUCAGCAUUUUCCGUAUCACAAACCAGGUCGUUCCGCUUUCAAAGUACACCUCCCCGGGGCACUACAACGACAUGGACAUGCUCAUGGUUGGUAACGGUGUGCUCACCGAGGAGGAGGCGAAGACGCAUUUCACCAUCUGGUGUGUGGAGAAGUCGCUGUUGAUGAUUGGCGCGGGGCUGGAGGCAAAUCUAUUGGACCCUGUGGCGCUUAAGAUCCUGAGCAACAAGGAGCUGGUAGCCAUCAACCAAGACUCGCUCGGCCAGGCGGCGAAGCUCAUGCGGAGGUUCACGCUGGAGCAGUAUGAUGUAUGGGCUGGGAACCUUUCCGAUGCCCGUACAGUGCUCAUGGUCAUAAACUGGGCGCCCGUGGCAAAGACUGUGACCAUCAACCUUGCAGACGCGGGCAUCUCGAGCGCCGUGAAGGCGAGGGAUGUCUGGGCCGCCAGUGAUCUUGGUGCCCUCGACGGCGUGUACAGCGCCUCUCUUGCUGGCCAUGGCGUCAAGCUGUUGGUUCUGGAACAGACAACACCGGCGGGCACAUAUGUCAACCCCAAGUACACAUCUUCCAACACAACAACCGCAUUCGCAAACGUCUACGCCCUCACCAGCAGCACCUACAACAUCGCCGUCACCAGCUCCGCCACCUCCACCGCUGCCCGCACGAUCACCGUCAUCGCCGGCAACACCCGCCGCACCGUCAGCGUCACCGGCACAACCUACACAAUCCCGGCCUUCCCCCUCCCCGCCGGCCAAAACACCCUCCGCAUCCAAGACUCCACCGGCACUAUUAGGACCAUCAAGACCACCCUCGCCACCGCGUCCGUCUACUACUCCGCCCAGACCGCAACCCUCGCCGGCGGAGCAUCGCUCAACAAGUGCGCAGACGCCGACGGCUGCAAGCCCACAAACUACAAAGUCGGCAACCUCGCCGUUGGGUCGACCAUGACCUUCAGCGGCGUCUCCGGCGGCACGGUGGCCGGCUCCAAGUGGGUGUGGUUCGACUACAUCAACUACGACCUCGCAUUCGACCGUGCCUGGGACGGCAGCGGCACGAAUGUCAGGAACGCGACGUUUGCGGUCAAUGGCGGGACGCCAAAGAUGUGGAGUUUCCCGAUCUCGGGGGGUGACUGGCAGGAUACGGGGAGGAUGGGGGUGCUGCUAGAUGGCUUUGUGGCCGGGAGUGGGAAUACGCUGGUUGUGGGGGCGCCGGGGUGGGAGUAUGCGCCGGAUGUGGUUGGGUUGGAGGUGUUGGCGUAG